GGGAAGUGGAUUCUAGAAGAAACAAAUCCGAAAGCAGGGAAUUUGUUGAUCAAUAAUUUAUUACUGAGGUUUGGCUGAUAUGGCCGAGAAUGCGGAUGACCAUCCGGACUUGCAAGACGACGAGGAAGAGUCCGAACACGAGGACGACGUGCAGGAGAUCGAGUGGAUCGCGCAGCACGAGGAGGGAAGAGAGUUUGACUGGGUCGAAGAUGCUGAGGUUGUAGUGGCCACACAGACGUCUGGGUCCUUGUCUCUGGAAGUGCCGGCGGAGAGAAGCGGUCACAUUGCAGUGGUUGAUGGGAACUGCAUGUAUGUUUGGGGGGGAUACAAGAACGCUGAGACCGCUGGGCUGUUUGACUUGUACUUGCCGAAAGCCGAGGUCUGGAUCUACAACAUGGAGACAGGAAGAUGGAGAAUGCAGCUGUCUGAGGGCGACUUACCAGCGGCGAUGUCAGGGAGCUGUGGAGUGUGUGUGGAUGGUGUCUUGUACUUGUUUGGCGGUCACCAUGCAAGGGGGAACACCAACAAGGUCUAUCGCCUGCCUCUCAGAUCAUCUGUCCUCCGCUGGGAGAGGAUGAGGACCCUGUCUGGCCUGGCUCCCACCUGUAAAGACAAGCUGGGCUGCUGGGUGUACCAGAACAGACUGGUGUACUUUGGUGGCUAUGGUUACAUUGCACAACCUGAGCACAGAGGGAGGUUUGAAUUAGAUGAAAAUUCAUUCAUGGGCAACCACCAAGGACGAGGCUGGAACAAUCAUAUCCAUAUUCUGGAUCUUGAAACACUGACCUGGAGUCAGCCAGUCACAAAGGGAAACGGCCCAUCUCCCCGGGCAGCUCAUGCUUGCGCGACAGUGAAAAACCGCGGCUAUGUGUUUGGCGGACGUUUCUUGGACUAUCGGCUGAACGACCUGUAUUAUAUAAACAUGGACACCUGGGAGUGGAGUGAGAUGUGUGUCCCUCAGAACGGCCCAGUGGGGCGGUCCUGGCACGCUUUCACCCCCGUUUCCACAGACCACAUCUUUCUCUUCGGAGGCUUCACCACCAACAGAGAGACCCUGAGUGACGCGUGGUUGUACUGCGUGAGCAGGAACGAGUGGGCACCGUUUAAACACAACCACACAGACAGCCCGAGGCUGUGGCACACUGCAUGCAGAGGUCCAGAUGGGGAGGUCUUUGUAUUUGGAGGCUGUGCCAAUAACCUUCUGUCUCAACAGAGAGCUGAGCACAGCAAUGAGCUUCUGGUGUUUGCUGUUCAGCCCAGGUCAUUGCUACGGUCGUGUAUGGAGGUUGUGGUGCAGAACAGGACACAGUUGGAGCCAAUGUGGGACUUCUUACCCAAACACCUGCUGCACAGCCUCAAGGAGAGAAUGCCAAGCAGUAACACGGGGGGGUCCUAA